CUGGAUACCUCCUCUACUGCUCUCUUGAACAAUGUUGAUCUCCUCAUGUCUGCUCUCCAUUCUACUCUGCAUGAUCUUCUCUUUCAUUAGCACAAAUGGGAUUCAUCUCAUACUAGUAAACAACUGCAAUGAAAGCCUGUGGCCAGGAAUACUAGGUGGUGCAGGCCACCAAACCCUUGAAGAUGGUGGCUUCCAACUGAGCAAGGGUGAGGAAGUAGUCAUCAACGUGCCUGACAAGUGGUCAGGGAGGGUUUGGUCCAGGCAAGGUUGUAGCUUCAACGAGAAUGGAAAAGGAAGUUGUGGCACUGGAGAUUGUUCUGGUUUACUCCACUGCCAGGGCAUGGCCGGUUCACCACCUGCAACAGUGGUGGAAAUGACAUUCGGAACAUCAACUUCACCCUUACAUUUCUAUGAUGUGAGUUUGGUUGAUGGCUUUAACUUGCCCAUCUCAAUGAAGCCUGUUGGGGGCGGAAUUGGAUGCGGCGUGGCCUCGUGUGAAGUUGAUUUGAACAUUUGUUGUCCAUCUGCGUUGGAAGUUAAGAUUGGAGGCAAGGUUGUGGGGUGUAAGAGCGCAUGCUUGGCAAUGCAAUCAGCUAAGUAUUGCUGCACAGGGGAGUAUGCAAACCCAAAAACCUGCAAGCCAACGCUCUUUGCUCAUCUGUUUAAGGCCAUCUGCCCAAAGGCUUAUAGUUAUGCUUUUGAUGACUCUUCCAGCCUUAACAAGUGCAGGGCUUCGCGGUAUGUUAUCACUUUCUGCCCUCCCCAAUAAGGGGUGACACGAAGAAAUAAAGAGUGCAUUCAUGCCUUUGUGAGAAAAUGGUGCUGGUGAUGAAGUUUCCCAUAGUAACAAGUUAUCUGCACUUGAGUUUUGUAUAGGUUGGUUAAAAUCUUCUGGUUUUAGUACUUUAUCAGUGUGUCAGAUUUGAGCUAGUUUAUGAAGAACUGUAAGAAACAAAGGAGUUGAUCUCCUUAAGUAGG